AUGGCUUACACUGCUCAAAGUCCGUCGCUAAAUAUAACAUUUUGCUAUGGCUGCUGCAACCCACAUGGAUGCAAUUACCAUCCACAACUCACAUCUCCGCUGAGCAAUGCUGGCGGUGCCUUAACAUCGAAUGAAAUUGACGUGCAAGGCAAUUACCCGAUCACAAAUGCUCCAAUUCCCGAUACAUUCGGAUACCAAUACUAUGGCAAUGUACUAGAAACGCCCCAUAUGCCAGGCCAGCCAAACUCCUGUAAUUAUUUUGGCGACGCGAGGUUCCAAGAGAUUCCAGAUGAAUAUAACUCAGAGACUUCCAUCAGAUUCGAUCAGGACACCGACUGCUCGGCAUACAAUACGUGCGUUAAAUAUCUUGGACCUGACAGCGGAGAAGAAGCCUACGCCUCCCAAGUAGAAGGUUCCUUUGAGGACCAAUGGGGGGCUGCGCUGGGGUUCCUAGAGCCCGAGAUCAAUACUGUCAACCAGGCAAACAUGCCGGUAAAGCCUCCAGCCAUGUCCCAGAUAUACACUCCGCAGAUUGGCUCACAAUGUGCCGCCGCACCUAGCGAUGUAGGCAUCCUCACAGAAGCACAACGCCUCGCGAUAAACCGGGACGAACUCGACGAGUUCGUAGCCCCGGUCAUACACCAAGAUAUGGAACGGUACGCCAAAACCCCGCUACUCACUGGCGAAGUCUAUGUCCAUCCCGCAACAGAGGAGGAGCAGAAGGAAGAUCACCUGCGAUUCUCGCCGCCACAAUUAGACAGCGACGAUGCCCCAACGCCCGUCCUCGUUCCGAUAGAAACUUCAUCAGCCCCCCAAUUCUAUGCGGAAGAGAGCUAUUGCGAUUCAAACGGCGCAUCUACGGUCGCCACGCCGCGGCCGACGUACGUGCCGAGCCCGGCAUUUUCCUGUGGGACUGGAGGAUUGGUGGCUUGGGAGGGCGUGCCUAUACCCGAUGUUGUCGAGGGUGAUUGGAACGGCGAUGCCGAUGGCGAUGACGAUCACAGUGAUGGGGACGGUGGUAAUGAUGACUGUAGCGAUGGUUAUGGUGCCAGUGAUGAGAACUCUGAGUAUGGAGAUUGGAAAUCUCGUGGGAAACGACGUUGGUGA